AUUUGGUCGAUCCCAGCUUUUGUCAGCCAAGACCUCAGCGUUGCAGUUGUCCGCGACUAGCCGUCGGGGCCAUCGAAGGAGAGGAAAGCCCGCCGUCGGUAAGCUCCGAUCGAUUAGCCUUAUCGGCUAGGGACUAUAUAGUGCUAGUAGGGGCUUUAUUUCUAUCGCGACAUUAUCUACUACUAAAUGAUUUCGCAAACUCUACGCAAUUAUUGACAACCUUACUUUCAUCUUAUCCACGGCACCGGCCUGGUUGUGGUGUGUCUCAGUGGACGUCCUGUUGCAUCGUACUAGUGGUUAAGGGAACGCCCAGUAAUUUGGCGGUCGCCACCUCGCGCAUCACCCACGCCAGCAAUGCGAACUGGCCCUUCCGCCCUGCGAACAUACCUGUCUAUUAACUUGCAGUCCAUGCCGUCGAGUACUGUCUACUACGAUGGCGGGCAGGGACAAACAUGAAAGCGUCGUGGAUAAUGGGCGUUACUACCUGGAGGAUGUGGACGUCAUUCGGGAACGUGAAUAUCCCUUGCUCAAAGGUACAACAUAUCUUGACCAUGCAGGUACCACGCUCUACGCAAAAUCUCUGAUUGAAUCGUUCUCCCGGGACCUCUUGUCGAAUCUCUACGGGAACCCCCAUUCUAUGUCCGCCCCUUCACAGCUAUCGACUCAGCGCGUGGAUGACAUUCGUCUAAGGGCCCUUCGCUUCUUCAACGCCGACCCCGAGGAGUUCGAUCUCGUCUUCGUGGCAAACGCCACUGCCGCGAUUAAGUUGGUUGCCGACUCGCUCCGCGAGUCGACGCCGCAAGGUUUCUGGUAUGGAUAUCAUGUUGAUGCGCAUACAAGCUUGAUCGGGGCUCGCGAACUUGCGGAUAUUGGCAAUAGGUGCUUUAUGACAGAUGGGGAAGUCGAGAGAUGGAUCUCCGAGCUGGAUACCGAGCCGGUGCAUGGCCCCCGCCUAUUUGCAUACCCUGCACAAUCGAAUAUGAGUGGUCGGCGCUUUCCUCUUGGAUGGUGUGAGAGGAUACGGAAUUCAGCCGAGAACACUUACACUCUUCUUGACGUCGCGUCGCUUGUUUCGACAUCGCCCCUCGAUCUAAGUGAUGCUUCCGCGGCACCCGACUUUGCCGUGCUCAGUUUCUACAAAAUCUUCGGGUUUCCGGACCUCGGUGCAUUGAUUGUUCGAAAGAGUGCUGGCCACAUUUUCGACAAGCGGAAGUUCUUCGGAGGAGGGACCGUGGAUAUGGUCUUGACCCAAGGAGCGCAGUGGCAUGCAAAAAAGCAAUCUUCAAUUCACGAACGGCUGGAAGACGGGACUCUUCCAUUUCAUAAUAUAAUCGCCCUGGGUCCCGCAUUUGAGACCCAUGAGCGUCUUUUCGGCUCGAUGGCGAAUGUUUCAUCACAUACACGAUCUUUAGCAAAGCGAUUAUACGACCGCAUGACCGCUUUGAGACACCACAACGGGGAGAGAGUCUGUCAUGUAUACAGAUCACCGCGCUCAGACUAUACUGACCCGUCCACACAAGGCCCGAUUCUCGCAUUCAAUCUGCAAUCCAGCCAAGGCGCAUGGAUUGGCAAGUCUGAAGUGGAGAGGCUGGCAAGCGUCAGGAGCAUACAAAUCAGAUCUGGAACGCUUUGUAAUCCAGGGGGCACAGCGGCCAGUCUCGACUGGACUGGAGCAGACAUGCUCCGGCACUUCAGCGCGGGAAUGCGUUGCGGGGAUGAUCACGAUAUCAUGGAUGGGCGACCUACUGGGAUCUUGAGAGUUAGCCUUGGUGCGAUGAGCAAUUCGAACGAUAUCAACACUUUCAUGGCUUUUAUUGAGGAGUUCUACGUUGAGAAAAGCCCGAAUAUGUGCGCGCUGGUGCCACCCGUGGAGACCAACAUUGCUCCGCGGUCUGGAUUUCACGUUGAGAGUCUUUCUGUAUACCCGAUCAAGAGUUGCGGUGCAUUUAAGGUGCCUGACGGUCAGCGCUGGGAAGUACGACGCGAGGGACUGGCAUGGGAUCGAGAAUGGUGUUUGAUUCACCAGGGCACAGGCGCGGCUCUCAACCAGAAAAGGUAUCCUCGCAUGGCCUUGAUACGACCAUUUAUCGAUCUUCAUCGCGGUGUUUUACGCAUUACGCGCGGACCUGUACAUUCACCAGGGCAGAAGACACUCGAGAUUCUUCUGGACCGCGAGAACACGAACCUCGUAUCUACAUCACUGUGUCAAAAUAGCUCUAAAUCUUCUACCGUCUGUGGGGACCAGGUUGUUGUGCAGGCAUAUUCAUCUCCCGCAGUGUCUUCCUUCUUCUCCGACUUCCUUGAUGUACCCUGUACACUCGCAAGAUUUCCACCGCAGUCCUCUACCAGACUUGCUGAGCCUAAACGCUCUUCUGGUGGUAGGAGGUCUCCACUGUGUCCGACUAUGCCAGGUUCAUUCCCCCAAGAUACGCCGACAUCAGAAACGGAACAAAAUCCCAUUCUCUUGUCCAACGAAAGCCCCAUCCUUCUCAUCUCCCGCUCGUCUGUCAACCAGCUGAAUGAAACCAUCAAAGGCAGCCCCUCGACCGGUAAUGUCCGAAAGAAAGCCGUGGCUGCCGAUGUGUUCCGUGCCAACAUCGUCGUCGCGGAGGACUUUCCACAACGUGCGAGUACUGAAAGACCGUACAUAGAAGAUCGUUGGGAGUCUGUAUGCAUCGGGCCGGAAGACAUUCAGUUUAACGUGCUAGGAUCUUGUCAACGAUGCCAGAUGGUUUGCAUCGAUCAACUCACCGGCGUGCGCGGCGAAGAACCGUAUUCGACGUUGGCGAAGACUCGAAAGAGCGGGAACAAGAUUUACUUUGGGAGACAUCUAUCUCUCUUCUCCUCGGGACAUGCGUGGGACGAUUAUGACAACCCCACACCGAGGACCGUGAUGGUGGGAGAUGUUGUCUCCCCGUCAUAUGAUCAUGAAUGACGAGUUACGAUCAGUCAUGGACAGCAUUGGUAGGCUGGCUUAGUUAGAUGAGCCAUAAUGUAUCCAGCGAGGAAGUAGACCCUCACAAUGUAUCCCGUACUCUAUCC